AUGGUUGCACUGGUCGACCCCCUCCAUAUGUUGGUGGCGGAGUUCUUUUCCGAGGACGGCUGGAAACUAGAUAAGCUGAAGGAAUGGAUCCCUGAUUGGGUGCUCCCACUGAUACACGAUACCCAUAUCUACCCGGAGCAGGAGGAUCGCAUGGUGUGGCUGAGGUCGUCAAUAGGCGAGUUUUCGCUGAAAGGAGCAUGGAACUCGAUCCACCAACGCCGAGAGUCAUCACAAGUCGAUCGAAUGGUGUGGAAUGGUGUGACUCCCCUGAAAUUUUCCUUUUUUGUCUGGCGGCUUGUUCGGGAUAUACUCCUUCUGGAGAUGACGCUUAAGCGAGUCGGAAUCCCGGUCGUCUCACGCUGCCUCUGCUGUGGACAACACGAAGAGUUGUGGAGGCACCUGUUCAUAACGGGUCCGGUUGUAGUCCAGUGUUCCUCUAGCCCGGGGGGGGGGGAGGUGCGUCAUAUUCGGACUGUGGUGCCGUUGAGUGUACUAUGGUGUCUGUGGAAAGCUAGGAAUAAUGCUAGGUUUGAGGGUAUGAGACUCGACGACCCCAGGGUGAUUAAGAUGGUGGACCAAUUGCUUGGGCAAUUGAGCACAACAGGGGUUCUCUUGGCCACACACUUAAGGGGUGACACUGACGAUCCAUGGGCGGAGCUAGUGCCCCGGCCCAUUCGUCAACUGUUUUCUGUGGCGGUGUCAUGGAAGCGUCCGCAACCUCCUCUCUUCAAAUUGAACACCAAUGCCAGUGUGUCCCAAGGAAGGGCAACGGGAGGGGGCAUCCUCAGAGAUUCGAGUGGGCGGGUUGUUUUUGCAUUCUACAAGGAGUUUGGUGAUACGAAGGUCCUCACCGCGGAGGGCUUGGCACUUCUACAGGGGCUUCAAUUUUGCCAGGAACGGCAGGUCCAGGGCCUCUUGGUGGAAGUGGAUUCUCAAGUUUUGGUCCACUUGAUCCAAUCAGGGACGGUGUCAAAGUGGCCUCUAUGCAACAUGCUGCGUCGGAUACGACAUCUCUUAGCCUCGCUGGCCUCUUCAUGUUCGCACAUCUUUCAGGAGGCUAAUUCUUCCGCCGAUUUGAUGGCAAAUUUACGCUGGGGGACCGAUUUCUUUUGCACGUCUCAUCAGCAGCUGCCGAGUACGGUUCGAGCAUCUAUUCUUCUGGACGCUAGGGAGUUCUUGUCUGUAUGA